AUGUCAUCCACAGCGGAGUUGCUCGAUAGGGUCGUCGCUCAUUGCACGUCGAUGAGGCAGGGCAACCUUAACAUCCGAUCUGACUUGCUGAUGACCCUGCAAAAAUUGCAGUUUGAGCUGGAAACGCCACAGGAGACCUUCUUUCGGAUAACGUGGGGCCAGCCGGCUCUCCACCUUGCACUGGCCUUUGCGAAUGACAUUAAAGCCUAUGAUGUGCUCUCUCUCGAUAAUGACUCUCCUAAAUCAAGCGCACAGCUUGCUGGCCUCUCUGGCGCCGACCCCAUUCUGGUGGGCCGUAUGAUGCGACAUUUGGCAGCUAUGGGUGCCGUUCGACAAGUGGAUAUCGAUCGUUUUGCUUCUACAAAAUUCACCAAGUUGCUGCAAGACAAUGUUUACGCAGACUCACUUAAGUUUAUAUUCGACGACUUUGGUCCUGUGCGCCCACGGACUGCGGGAUACCUGAAAAGUAUUGGAUGGCAAACCCCAACAGAUCCUGAAAACUGCGCGGUUCAGUAUGCAUUUGAUCUUCCAAAAGGAACCUCCAUGUUUGGUUGGUUCGGCAUGAAUCCUGAGAUAGGAGCACGCUUUGGAAGCAUGAUGAUUGCUUGGAUGCGAAACAAGCCAUUCUGGGCCGAUUACAACGCCUACCCGGUCCAGGAGCGUCUGAUGAGCGUUGAGGAAGAAGACGGAGUUUUACUUGUCGAUGUUGGUGGUGGUAAAGGCCAUGAUCUUGCAGGAUUCAAGGCUAGAUAUCCAGAGGUCAAGGGUCGCCUGAUCUGUCAAGAAUUGCCUUAUCUGAUCCCUGAAAUCAACGUCGAGGGUGUGGAACCAAUGGCUCAUGAUUUCAACACUCCCCAACCUGUCAAAGGAGCUCAAGCAUACUUUUUGCAUCAAAUCUUGCACGACUACAAUGACGGAAAAUGCGUCCAUAUCCUCAAGCAAAUAGUGCCCGUCAUGAGACGUGCCUAUUCCAAGAUUCUGAUCGCUGAAAUCAUUGUUCCAGAUAUGGGCGCGCAUUAUACGACCACCGCAUUGGAUUUGGAGUUGAUGCAAUGCCUUGCUGCGCGCGAGAGGACCGAGGCUCAAUUUCGAGAUUUGUUGGACAGGGCUGGACUGAAAGUCGCUGGUAUAUUUAAACAUCCUGAGGCCCACGACAGCAUCAUUGAAGCCGUUCUCUUUUGA